AUGAAUUCUGAGGCUACUGAGAUAGAUAUGGAAGUGGAUGGGGACCAGUCUGCUGGAUGGAACUUUACUGAGAGGGUAGAGAAAACUACUAAUGAAACACCGGAGAGUAGAGAAGUGGUGAUUGUGACCGAUGAAGAGGAGGAAACUGAGAAGGUUCCUCCCAAAGAUGAGGCUGUUGAAGCAAGAGCUGCUGCCAUCCAUACUUAUCAGAGGCGGCCAGCUAGAGAAGAGACCUCAGGAAAGAGGUCUGAAGAUGAACAACCAAGGGAAGCUCCUAUAGAGAGAAUAAGGGAAGAUAUGAAUAGUCCAGCAAGGAGUACGGUUGGAGCGUCACGCCGCAAAAGGAGGCUACUAAUUGAUGAAGAACCUGAAGAAGAAGAAGAAGAAGAAGAAGAAGAAGAACAAGAAUAA